CGCAGGCUGGGUGCUGCAAAGCCUUGCCUGCACCCGCAGCAGUUCCUGUGGGGCUGCCUGCCCAUGCCUGCAGGCUGAGCCCUGUGCCUGGUGAGGACAGCUUGGCAUCACCCUGGAGCCCAGCGUGGGGCCACCCUGGAGCCCUCAGCGGCAGUGUCACCACACUGCUCUGCCAGAGCUGGACCUGGGGGGCUGUGGACGGCGCUGCGGGGUGAGAGAUGAUGGGCUGAGCAUCCAUCUCAGGGGCACCACAGGGCCAUGAGCUCCCCGUGCCACCCUGACUCCGACAUCGCAGCCUGGUUGGCCACCAUCCACUUGGAGAGGUACUGUGAUGUCUUCAAGCAGCAUGGGUACCACGUGGCCAGAGACGCUGCCUCGCUGGACAGUGACCACCUGCAGCAGAUUGGCAUCACCCCCACCGGGCAUCGCAAAAGGAUCCUGAACCUGGUACAGCAGACACGGCUGCUGAGUCAGUCCUGGGGAGGACCCCCAGCAGGAGACACCCAUCUCCAAGCCACCAAGGUCCUGGAUGCACCCCAAGCGGGUGAGGAUGCCAUGAAAACAGAGCCAGGAGGGGUUCCUGAUGCCUUUGGGACGCAGCAGAGUCUAGAGAAGGACCCUACUCCUCCCCUGGUGAAGCCAGUUCCCAAGCCCAGGACGGUUUUCCCUCGCUUAAAGCCAGAGCAGGGUUUGGCACCGGUGCCACCUUUGCGCACCACAGUGCGGACACACACGGGCAGCGAAGGGGUGGCUGAAGCCUUUGUGGUACUGGAGGGGUUUGUGCCGGGGGAGACUUCCACGGAUUUGGAGAGCCCGGAGCCCAGGCCAGCGGUGCCAAUUGGUCCAGGGGUGACCGUGGACAUGGGCAUGGGAGCAUCCUGGCUGCGGGCACGGGAGAGCGCACAGAAGAAGACAUGGCCUCUUUCGCCUCCAUAUCAUGAACAAACCCUGGAGACAGCAGAAAAAUCUGCCCUGUCUGUGCCAUCUGUCCCACCACGGCACAGCCACAGGGUCCUGGCAGCUGAGCCCAGCCCUGGAAGUGUGCUGGAGAGUCAUGCCACGCCAGCCAGGAGAGAUCCCUCACCGUGCCCCAGGGCAGCCCCGCAGCCGGGCUCAGGGAAGGGCAGGAUGGAGAUGGUGUCCAAUGUCAUCUAUGAAGGACUCAAGCCCACAUCAGCAUCCACUGAGAACUCGGGAGGGGAGGAUUGUCCCCAGGGUCAGGGUCUCGCUCAGCCCCUACCUCUGUCCCCGCAGGAGCUCAAGCAGACGGACGACAAACCUGACAGUCCUGGCUGCCCUGGCGAGAGCCUGCCACCCAUCCCGCUGAGAACCACCGGCAAGCCAGAGGUCAGCGAGCUGCCCAUCAGCCCCUACAGCGAGACCGUCUUUGGGCAGAUAACCCCAUCUCAGGAGCAGAAGGGUGCUGGCAUCUCCUCCGAUCAGAGCUACGAGGCAGUGGCUGAGGUGGACCUGGAGCGAGAAGCACGCAGGACAAGCAGUGAGUGCAGCAGCGAGGGACGGAGCGAGGAUGAGGAGACCCGGUCCAGGCUCAUCGACCGCAUCAUCCAGAACGACACGGAGGGGUACUCCACUGUGGAUGCGCCACGGACCAAGGGCACUCCGUUCACCCUGCCAGCCCAUCUCUACCCAGAUGAAGUCCUGGAUGACCUCACCAUCUCCCCUUACGCCAGCUUCACGUCACUCUCUGAGCCCCGUCCCACCAUGCUCAGUGGCUGGCUGGACAAGCUCUCUCCGCAAGGGAACUAUGUCUUCCAGAGGCGCUACGUACGUUUUGAUGGGAAGAACUUGAUGUACUUCAGCAGUGAGAAGGAACCCUACCCCAAGGGAGUGAUCCCACUGUCUGUGAUCGAGAUGGUUCGCUCCACCAAGGACAACAAGUUCCAGGUGCUCACGAGCCAUCGGAUCUUCGUCUUCCGUGCUGAGAAUGAAGCCCAGAGGAAUGAGUGGUGCUCCACGCUGCAGAAGAAGGUGACAGACCAGCGCUUAGAGGGGACUCGGCCCCGGCCAGCGAACACCUCUCACUGCCAGAAGUCAGGGACCCUGGAGCUGAAGGGCCAGAAGUCCAAGGUGUUUGCAGCCCUGAGCCUGCCUGAGAUGUGGCUGUACAAGAGCGAGCAGUUCUUUAAAAUGGGCAUCGGCAUCUGUGUGAUCGAGAUGCGCGGCUCCACCAUCCGCGAAGCCAAGAACCGUGGCUUCGAGCUCAUCACCCCCUUCAAAAUAUUCAGCUUUGUGGCGGAGUCAGAGCGGGAGAAGCGGGAGUGGAUGGAAGCCCUACAGGAGGCCAUAGCUGAGAUGCUCUAUGACUAUGAGGUGGCAGAGAAGAUCUGGUCCAACAAAGCCAACAAAUACUGUGCCGACUGCUGGGCUCAGAGUCCCGACUGGGCAUCCAUCAACCUGUGUGUGGUCAUCUGCAAGCAGUGUGCAGGGCAGCAUCGCAGCCUGGGCUCCAAUAUUUCCAAGGUGCAAAGUCUGAAGCUCGAUACCAGCGUCUGGUCUAAUGAAAUCGUGCAGCUCUUCAUCAUGCUGGGAAAUGACCGAGCAAACAGGUUCUGGGCUGCUCGCCUCCCCGCUGCUGAGGCACUCUACCCCAACGCCAGCGCCGAGCAGAGACGGGACUUCAUCUCCCGCAAGUACCGGGAGGGUCGGUACCGCCUGCCCCAUCCUCACUACGCCACUCAGGACGAUGUGCUCCAGGCGCUGUGUGCUGCAGUGGCAGGACCAGCCCUGCUCAAGACCAUCCUGCAGUUCUUCUCCUUCUCAGAGGCUGGGCUGGCAGCUGACCCUGCUGCCUGUGAGGUGGCCGCUGGGGCUGACCUUUGGUGGGGACCAGAGACCAAAAGGCUGAGGAACCUUUCAGGGAGCCCCCAUGCACGGGAACCGGGUCCAGAAGGUGUCUACAAUGAGAUCACACAACCGGUGACACACAGUGGGUACUUGUACCGGGCAACUGCCCCCCACAAGCUUCCAGGGACCAAGAAGAGCAAGGAGGACUUCCAGCGCACAUGGUGCUCCCUGGAGAGAUCCCUGCUCUUCUUCGAGACGGAGAAAUGCACGGAGCCGCUGGGCCACAUCGAGAGCGGAGACCUCAUCUCCAUGGGUGUGAGCAGAGCCCAGGUGCUCACCAGCCCCAGCCCUACUGAAAGGUUUCUCUUCACCCUUGAGCUCUUCCUCACCGGGGAAAAAGUGCAGCAGCUGGGAACCGAUGGGCCCGAGAUGCUGCAAGCCUGGGCCAGUGCUAUUGGAAAGUGGUUCACACCUGUGAGCUGUCACUGCCUGCUGGGCUACGAGUUCCAGCGCGUGGGCCAGCUGCGCUACAAGUGCAUGCUCAACCCCGAGCGGUGGCAGCAGGCCUUCUUCAUCCUCCAGAAAGCCCACCUCUUCAUCUGCCCUGCUGAGGAAGACGCGGCUGAGGACAGCAUCAACCUCCGGCGGCUGCAGGAGCUCAGUCUGGUUCCCCCAACAGAGACUCCAGAGAAGAAGGAGCUGCUGAUCCUGGUAGAGAUGGGUCGGACGUUUUACCUGCAGGGCUUGUCACGGGCAGACUCAGCGGCGUGGUACGCUGACAUCCAGGCAUCAGCAGGCGGCCGGGGUAAUGCCCUGCGGGACCAGCAGCUGAGCCGGGCCAACAUCCCCAUCAUCGUGGACAGCUGUAUCGCCUUCAUCACGCAGUACGGGCUGCGACAUGAGGGGAUUUACCGCAAGAAUGGAGCCAAGUCCAGGAUCAAGGUACUGAUGGAGGAGUUUCGGCGGGACGCCCGCAAUGUCAAACUGCGCAUCAAUGACAACUUCAUCGAGGAUGUCACUGAUGUGCUGAAGAGGUUCUUCCGUGAGCUGGAAGACCCCGUCUUCACCCUGGAGCUGCACCCACAGUGGAAGGAGGCUGCAGAGAUCUCCUCGAAGCCCCAACGCCUGGAGCGGUACAAGGAGCUCAUUCAUCGCCUGCCUCGCCUCAACCGCAAGACCCUGGCUGCCCUCAUCGGACACCUCUACCGGGUGCAGAAAUGUGCAGACCUCAAUCAGAUGAGCACCAAGAACCUGUCGCUGCUCUUCGCACCCAGCCUCUUCCAGACUGAUGGCAAAGGGGAGCAUGAGGUCAAGGUGAUGGAAGACCUCAUUGACAACUAUGUCAGCAUUUUCAACAUUGAUGAGGACCAGGUAUCUCAGAUGGAUUUGGAGAACAGUCUGAUCACCACCUGGAAGGACACACAGCUCUCGCAGGCAGGAGACCUCAUCAUUGAGGUUUACCUGGAGCAGAAGCUGCCCGACUGCUGUGUCACCCUGAAGGUGUCCCCCACAAUGACAGCGGAGGAGCUCACCAACCAAGUGCUGGAGAUGCGCAACGUGGCAGCCAGCCUGGACAUCUGGCUGACCUUCGAGGUCCUGGAGAAUGGGGAGCUGGAGCGGCCCCUGCAUCCCAAGGAGAAGGUUCUGGAGCAAGCCUUGCAGUGGUGCAAGCUCCCAGAGCCCAGUACAGCGUACCUGCUGGUGAGGAAGGUCCCCAUCGGCGAGGGUGGCUGUCUCUUCACAGGUGCUAAGCGCGAGACCCCCAAGUGUGGGCUGCUGAGAUGCCGUGAGGAGCCCCCCAAAUUGCUGGGGAACAAAUUUCAGGAGCGCUACUUUGUCAUUCGGGACCGGAGUCUGCUGCUGCUCAAGGAGAAGAGGAGUGCCAAGCCGGAGCGUGAGUGGCCCCUGGACACAGCCAAGGUUUACAUGGGCAUUAAGAAGAAGCUGAAGCCACCAGCACAAUGGGGUUUCACGCUGACGCUGGACAAGCAGCAGCUGUACUUGGUGUGCUCAGGACAGGCGGAGCUGUGGGACUGGACCACCAGCAUCCUCAAGGCUCAGCACGAUGACCUGCGCCCUGUUAUCAUGCGCCGGCGCUCCUCCUCCGACCUCGCCAAGCAGAAGUUCGGCACCAUGCCGCUGGUGCCGCUGCAUGGGGACAGCACUGAUGCCACCAUGCUCUCUGCCAACCAGACCCUGCGCCGUCUGCACACGCGAAGGACUUUGUCCAUGUUCUUUCCCAUGAAGAUGCACCAGGACUCCCUGGAGGAGCAGCAGGAGAAGGAGGUGGACCCCGAUCCUGUCUACGAGGAGGUGGGCAACUUCCCUGAGCUGGCGGCGCUGGAGCUGGGGCAGGAGCUGCUGGCAGAUCUGUCGGCCGUGCCCCUCGUGGACAGGUCCAAGAAGCCAACCCCAUUCCCCAAGCAGCCCCCGGCCCCGGCACUGCGCUCCUCACUGCCUGCCAGCUCGGCCCAGAGGGUGGCAGGUCCCUCCGUGACCAAAGCCCUGUCCCUGGAAAGGGGCUUGGACUUGGAGAGCGAAAAAGCUCCAGCCCAGGGGCUCAGACCUACCAAAACAGCCUCUCUGGAGAGGAACAUGGAGCCUUCCCUGGCACUGGCUGGGAACUGGGACCAGGAAGCUGCUCCAGGGAGCAGUUCCACGGAGAUGCCAAGGAAGAAGAGCGUUCAGCCUCCCUCACCCAUCAACGACAAACUCAUCCAGGAGCUCAGCAGUGUCAUCCUCAGGAAGAACGAGGGGCAGCCACCAGGGCCAGGCCAGCCGGUGACGUGACCCGCUGUGCCCAAGGGGCAACCACCAACCUGGGGGUUAAGUCGCACUCGGUGGCAGCGACAAUGGACACCCCACGCUCCCACACCAUGCAGCCCAUACCCUCCUUCUCCUGACCCCGGAGCUAGGCUGGGAGCAGGGAUCAGCGGGGACCAGGGGAACAGCGGACCAAGAUGCUCAGGGGUGGUCUUCGCUCUUGGAGGGGCCGGAGAUGCUGCUACCUGCACUUUUGCUCAUGGGUGGCACAUCUGCCAUUGCGCCCAGUGCCGAGGGAAGGAAGCAAAACGGAAAACAAAACCUGCCUGAGUGUUUUGGCAGCGUGGCACGAUGUCAGGCAAGGGGGCAUGUGGUGUCUGCCAGCACAGGGGAGCACAAGACGGUGUCCCCUCCUCUGCGCUGGGUCUGUGGGGCAGAGGCAGGACACUUGUGUCAUCCCCUACUUCCUUUCUGGCAUCUACAGUGGCAUCUUUUUGUGAGGGACAGCAGGAGCAGGGCUGACCGUGUGUGCCCGGCACGUGGUCCUGGCGAUGGAGGACAGUUCCUGCUCCGCUUGGGUAGCGAUACCUGUUCCUUCCACCAGCAGGG